GGGGGGGGGCGUCUCGCCGGCUCGCGCGGAGUCGCCGAUCAAAUCCCUCACGAUGAACCGCAUCUGCUCUGAGAAAGGCGAACAUACAUUUUGGGAUUCCAACUUAACCUGGCACACACAGGAUCCAGAUUUUACAAUUUGUUUCAAGAAAACAGUCUUAAUCUGGAUCCCGUGCAUCUUUCUCUGGCUUUGUUUUCCGUUUUAUACACUGUUUCUUUAUUAUCGUAAACAAGGUUAUAUAAGAAUGUCAAAUCUCAAUAAAUCCAAAACGUUGCUGGGAUUUCUGUUGUGGUUAUCCUGCUGGUCCCAGGUUUUAAACAUUAUUUUGGAGAAAAGUAGAGGCUUCGGGCAUGCCACGGUUUUGAUCUUAGGUCCUGCAUUUCUUGGAGUUACAAUGCUGCUUGCAGUUUUCAUCAUCCAGUUCGAGAGGUUGAAGGGUUUGAGGUCCUCUGCUGUUAUGUUCCUCUUUUGGUUGCUUACAUUAUUGUGUAGCACCAUAGAGUUUAGGUCUACUGUAAUGAACCUGCUUUAUCCGCCUGCUCAUUUUGAUCUGGUUGAUCACAUAAUUUUUUUCUUCAAUUUUACCAUGGUGUUGGCAGAAUUUGUGCUCUGCUGUUUUACGGAUGACCCACCUUUCUUUCAACUUAUUCUGAGUACUAAUCCCUGCCCAGAGUCAAAGGCAUCAUUCCUGGCCAGGAUAACAUUCUGGUGGUUUACAGAGUUGACAAUUUUGGGGUAUAAACGGCCGUUGGAGGCGAAAGAUUUGUGGUCUCUAAAUGAAAACGAUACAUCAGAGAAGAUUGUGCCAGAGCUAGUUUAUGAGUGGAAGAAGGAAUGUUCUAAGAUGAGAAAACCCGAAACAGUCCACACACAACAGAAAGAGAAAACCGGAGCCAAUAAGGAGCAUGAGAAUGAGAAUACUGAACAAUCUGAGGUAUUAUUAAUUCAGAAGAAACAGAACAUGGAGCCUUCAUUGUUGAAAGCACUUUGUAGAGCCUUUGGACCAUACCUAAUGAUAAGCUUCUUCUUCAAGAUUUUCCAUGACGUGUUGGUGUUUGCUAGUCCUGAGAUCAUGAGGUUGCUGUUAGGGUUUGUGAAUAACCACUUUGCUCCAGUCUGGCAAGGCUAUUUUUAUGCUAUCCUGUUGUUCAUCUGUGCAUUUGUACAGACACUUUUCCUCCAUCAGUAUUUCCAUAUUUGUUUUGUGACUGGAAUGAGAUUGAAAACUGCAAUCAUUGGUGCAGUUUACAGGAAGGCCCUCGUUAUUACAAAUGAGGCAAGAAAAACGUCUACAAUUGGAGAAAUUGUAAACUUGAUGUCUGUGGAUGCACAGAGGCUUAUGGAUUUGAUAACGUACAUAAACAUGAUGUGGUCAGCACCACUCCAGGUUACUUUAGCCAUGUACUUUCUAUGGCAGAACUUGGGACCAUCAGUUCUAGCAGGAGUGGCUGUCAUGAUCCUAUUGGUCCCUAUAAAUAGUAUGAUUGCAAUGAAGACCAAAGAUCUCCAGGUGACUCAGAUGAAAGAAAAAGAUAACCGAAUCAAACUGAUGAAUGAGAUUCUAAAUGGAAUCAAAGUAAUAAAAUUAUAUGCCUGGGAACUUGCAUUUAAAGAGAAGGUGAUGCAAAUUCGUCGAAAGGAGCUCAAAGUACUCAAAAAUGCUGCCUAUUUUUCAGCAGUUUCAACAUUCACGUGGAUUUGUGCACCAUUUCUGGUUGCUUUAAGCUCAUUUGCAGUAUAUGUGCUUGUAAAUGAGCACAAUGUGUUGGAUGCUCAAAAAGCUUUUGUUUCUCUGGCACUUUUCAACAUUCUCCGGUUCCCACUAAACAUGCUUCCCGUGGUCAUCAGCAGUUUGGUACAGGCAAGUGUUUCUCUGAAGCGCCUGCGCUUGUUUCUCUCCCAUGAAGAACUGGAUCCAGGCAAUGUGAACAGAAAUGAUCUGAAAGGCUCAGCAUACAGUAUUAGUAUGAAGAAUGCAACUUUAAGUUGGUCCAAGGAUGAUUCUCCAUGCCUCAAAGACAUUAAUUUAGCCAUUCUUGAAGGAUCUCUCGUAGCUGUAGUUGGACAUGUUGGAUGUGGAAAAUCCUCACUGAUCUCUGCACUGCUUGGAGAAAUGGAGAAACAAGAAGGUUAUGUUGCUGUUAAGGGUACAGUGGCAUAUGUUUCACAACAAGCUUGGAUCCAGAAUACCACUUUAAAGGACAAUAUUAUCUUUGGUCAAGAUUGGCAUAAAGGAUGGUAUAAUCGAGUGAUUAGGAGCUGUGCACUUCUCCCUGACCUAGAGAUGCUGCCAGCAGGAGAUGAGUCAGAAAUAGGAGAGAAGGGUGUCAAUUUAUCAGGAGGACAGAAGCAGAGGGUAAAUCUUGCUCGAGCAGUUUACAAUGACUGUUCAGUUUAUUUUUUGGAUGAUCCACUCUCGGCUGUUGAUGCUCAUGUUGGACGUCAUAUCUUUGAAAAAGUGAUUGGACCAAAAGGUUUACUAAAGAACACAACCCGUAUCCUAGUGACUCAUGGUAUCAACUUCCUGCCUCAAAUGGAUGUAAUUUUUGUGAUGGUUGAUGGUAAAAUCUCAGAGUUUGGCACCUAUCAAGAACUUUUAGAGCAAGGAGGAGCAUUUUCUGAAUAUCUUCAGGCAUAUGCUCAUAAAGAAACAAGCGAACCUGAAGUUGAAUCGGAAUCAGAAGACAUCGUACUGCUAGAAGUUGAAGAUGCCGAAGACGAUGGUCCAAAUAGACCUCGUCAUAAAAAGCGACGACUAAGUACAAUCAGCAGUGCCAGUGAAAUGCAAAACCAAGCUAAGAGUAGAGCAGUUCUUCGACGACAUCAUAGUCCAUCUGUUCACCGAGAUCCUAGUACAACACGUCAACAAUAUCUUAGUCCAUCAUACCGACAAGGUUCAUCAUAUCGUAGACAAGAGUCUAGUUCAGCAGAUAGGAGAUAUUCUACAUCACAAAAUCGCCGAGAAUCUAGAUUGGAAAAUCAGAGCGAUCAACAAAAAUUUAGUUCAUCACAACCGCAAAAAAGUUCCCAAGAUCUUAGUUCACCAAUUUGGCCAGAAAGUAGUAACAAAUCUCAUGUACCAAUUAUUCGUAAAGAAUCUACUGCAUCGGUUAUUUCUAGAUUACAAUAUAGGACUAAUUCUCUUUCAUCGGUUAGACAAUAUCCUGGUUUUGCAAAUAAAGCAGAGACUACCUCAUUGGGUGGAUACAGUUCCUCCCCUCGGUCCAACGUUGGCUUAAGUCAAUUCGCUGGACAACAGGAACUUGACAACAAUACAGAAGAAAAGGCUGGCGGCAAGCUGACAGUAGCUGACAAAGCUCAGACUGGAAGGGUCAAAUUUUCUGUUUACAUAAAAUAUAUUAAGGCGAUUGGAGUCUGUACUUCCUGCCUAAUUGUUGUGGCCUACAUUUGUCAGCAUGUGGCCGCUUUAUUUUCUAAUUUCUGGCUCAGUUUGUGGACAGAUGAUCCUAUUGUCAAUGGGACUCAACCGUUUAACAAGUUACGGUUAGGGGUGUAUAGCGCACUUGGACUAGGACAAGGUUUCUUUGUACUUUGUUCAUCUGUAUUGAUGUGUGCAGGAGGAAUAAUAGCUUCCAAAUGGCUCCAUGCUGACUUGUUGAAUGAUGUCCUGCAGUCACCUAUGAAUUUCUUUGAGCGGACACCGAGUGGUAACUUGGUAAACCGCUUCGCCAAAGACAUUGAUACAAUAGACUCUAUGAUCCCUACAGUGAUUAAAAUGUUCUUGGGAUCACUGUUCAAUGUUCUCAUUGCUUGCAUAGUAAUUUUGAUAGCCACACCAAUAGUUGCUGUGACCUUCCUUCCCUUGGGCUUUGUUUACUUCUUUGUGCAGAAAUUCUAUGUGGCUACCUCACGUCAACUGAAAAGACUGGAAUCCGUUAGUCGAUCCCCGAUAUAUUCCCAUUUCAAUGAAACACUCCUUGGAGUUAGUGUCAUCCGUGCCUUUGGAGAGCAAGACCGUUUUUUACAAGAAAACGACCUCAGAGUAGAUGAAAACCAAAAAGCUUAUUAUCCCAGUAUUGUUGCCAACAGGUGGUUGGCCGUGAGAUUGGAGUUUGUUGGGAAUUGCAUCGUAUUGUUUGCUGCCCUCUUUGCUGUGGCUUAUCGGCUAAAACUCAGUGCUGGUCUUGUUGGCUUGUCCAUAUCUUAUGCAUUACAGGUGACUGCAACAUUAAACUGGCUGGUGCGCAUGUCUUCUGAAGUGGAAACCAAUAUCGUUGCUGUGGAAAGAGUAAAGGAGUAUAGUGAGAUGGAAAAAGAGGCACCCUGGUUUAGCAACAAUAAUAGCCCUACCAGCAACUGGAUACAGAGAGGAACAAUACAAUUUAUAGGCUACAGCGCACGCUAUAGAGCUGAUCUUGAUUUGGUUCUGAAGAACAUUACUUUGACUAUCAAAGGAGGUGAAAAGGUUGGAAUAGUUGGCAGAACCGGGGCAGGAAAAUCAUCUAUUGCUCUCGGCCUGUUUAGAAUAAUUGAGCCUGCUGAAGGAUUGAUUUACCUUGAUGGAAUUAACAUUUCAGAAAUAGGUCUGCACGAUCUUCGGUCUGAGAUUACUAUUAUACCUCAGGAGCCAGUAGUGUUCUCUGGUUCGUUGCGAAUGAACUUGGAUCCUUUCGAACACCAUUCUGAUAACGAUCUAUGGAAUGCUUUAGAAUUAGCUCACUUGAAAACCUUUGUAUCGGACCUUCCCAACACGUUGAAUCAUGAAUGUUCUGAAGGAGGAGAAAAUUUGAGUGUUGGACAGCGACAGCUGAUUUGUUUGGCACGCGCUCUUCUUCGGAAAUCAAAAGUACUGGUCCUUGAUGAAGCGACAGCUGCAGUUGACCUAGUAACUGACAAACUUAUCCAGUCGACGAUAAAAAGCCAUUUUGAUCAGAGUACUGUCCUAACAAUAGCGCAUCGUCUCCAUACCAUUAUGGAUUAUACAAGAGUUCUGGUUCUGGACAAAGGUGAGAUUAUAGAGUUUGACACUCCAGCCAAUCUUUUGGCCAAAAAAGGAGUCUUUUACCACAUGGCAGCUGAUUCUGGUCUCUUGUAAUUUGAAAAAAUAUUUUCUUGUUUACCUCGACUCGGACUUGUUGCAUUUAGGAGUUUAAUGAAUACUUGAAUAGAAAACCUGAAUGUAAACAUUUUCCGACUGACAUCGGUUCAAUAAGAGUUUUGUAUGGCGAUCAUUAUUCUUUGACCUUAGUUUUUUUUUCCUUUUGUAUUUGUUGCCAUAUUUAAAUUACCUUAUUUAUAAAUAUCAAGCACGGAAUAAUGCACAGCAACAAAAAUUGUAGUGCAUUACGGUAAUGCUAUUUAUUUUUUGACAAGCAGAUAUGGUACAAUUUUUGUAAAUCAUGGAGACAAUAAAACUUGCUAUUGUGGUUA